AUGGAUCCUUCUGCGGAAGAGAUUGCUGCUUUGGCAGAGCAACUUACCCAAGUCGCCCAGAGCUUAGGCUCGACAACUCACCCGGCGACACGCAAACAGCAGACGGCCAAUCUUGUCCUGCAGGCAAAGCAAUUGAUAUGGCGUGUUCAAGAUCCGCAUGAUGCACUCAUGGACCAUAUUGUGAAUGGCUAUACAAUCUCGGCGUGUCUCGCGGCAUCAAAGCUUGGAAUAUUUGAAGCUGUUCCUCCUACAGGCACUGCUACCGCAAAACAGGUCGCUCAGAGAUGCAAGGCCGCAGAAGAAUUGAUUGUGCGACUGAUGCGGCAACUGACUUGCGUCAACAUCUUCAAUGAGGUUCGAUUGGGAGAAUGGGCACAUAACCGCCUUUCACUUGUGCACAGUGAGCAUGCUGGUCCCGCCAGUGGCAAAUGGUUGUAUAACGUGUCACUUGACGAAAUGAUGCCGGCAAUGUAUCGACUCAACCAUUACCUUGACCACUUCGGAAGCCAAUCCCUCCUCAACACAUAUGUCGAGACCCCACACUCCUGGUUUUAUGGUAUGGUUGGCAAGAACUUCUGGGAGGUCAUGAACUCCUCGCAUGAUCGAAUCGAGAACUUCAUCCGCGGCCUGGCCCAGUUCGACGCUCUGCAUCCAGUGAUUGCCAUGUUUCCUUUUGAGAACAUCCUUCAAAAGGGAAACAGUCCCAAGCGCCCGUUGAUGGUUGAUAUUGGUGGUGGUCGAGGUCUUGCGCUGCUGGAAAUGAGAAAGGGCUGCCCAACCCUGAGAGGCGAUCUAAUCUUGCAGGACCGUCCUUGCGUGCUCGAGGAUAUCUCCAGUCAAGACUUACCUGGAGUGACCAUGAUGGCCCACGACUUUUUCCUAAAGCAGCCAGUGCACAACGCACAAGUCUACUACAUCCGCCGUGUAAUGCAUGACUGGCAAGACGACGACGCCGCCCGCAUCUUGAAAGCAAUCAUCCCUGCUAUGGGUACCGAUAGUCGAAUACUCAUUUCUGACAUGGCAAUUCCAGAACCAGUGACUAGCAGAGAUGCAGGGGCAAUUUGGCUCGACUUGAUGAUGAUGAGUAUCGGUGGAAAGGAGCGAACUAUUCGAGAUUGGCAAUAUCUGGCAGCAUUAAGCGGACUGAAAUUAGUGAAGGUGUGGCAGGAGCCAGACAAGUUCGGUCCCUUAUGCGUCGUCGAAUACAUGCUUCCGGAUGUGGAUAGUACCUCUCCAACACUCAGUCGAGCGAUGAUGGAUGGCGCUGCGGACGAGGAAGAGGUUACAACACCAAAAUUGGCUCCGAGCGAUGGAGGAAGCUUCAUUGAGUAUGAUCUCGACUCCCCUGAGUCGAGGGAAGUGGACUGGGAGGAGAGAACAGUGGUCGGUGAUCGUGAGCAGAGCUUGGAAUUUUGA